AUGCGGUUACGCAAUAACAAACCCAUGAGGUUCGCCGACCCGAUCCCGUGGAACUUCGGCGUGUUCCCGCAAACCUGGGCCGACUCGUCCACGCGCUGCCCGGAAUUCGGGAACCUGCCCCUAGACGACAGUCCCGUGGAGUUAAUCGACAUAGGUAGCCAGGUCCGGCAGUUAGGCGAGGCCUACGCGGUCGAGCCGCUAGCGGCGUUCGUGCUGGUGGAUCCACGCGGGUUCCAGCUUUCGUGGAAGGUGGUGGGGAUCGCGACGGACGACCCGUCGGGGUUUCAGGACCUGAGCGACGAGAACGUGGCGGGGAUCGUGCAGACGCUGCUGGACUGCAUUUGCGAUUGGCUGCGCGCCGGCCGGCACUGCGGAGGUGAAAAGACCAAGGUGCUGACGCUGAGCCAGGGCAAGGCGGGGCAGGACAAGGUGAUGGAGAUAGUCGCUCAGGCGCACGCAGCGUGGCAGCUGCUGCGUAGCGGGGCAGCUGAUAACGAGGAUAUGGGCGACCUGCUGCUCUCCCCAAACCUACUGCACCGGAAGCCCCAGUCCGGGCCGGCGGUUCGGAUCUUCGCCGAGUCGUACGCGACGGAUUCGGCGAAUAAGGACAAGGCGGUGAUCGACGAGCAGGAUAUUAAGACGCUCGUUGCGCCGGUCUUUGGGAGUAGUUUCAUGGUGGACUCGUGGGAUAGCCCGGAUGAAUUUGAGGGGGAGAAAGCGGGUGCAGCCGGGGAGGAUGGGGACGGGAAAGAGGAGGAUUCUCCUGACGAUUUGGGGAUAGGAGGGGGAGGGGGAGGGGGAGCGGGAGCAGGAGCGGGAGGGGGUGGGAGGGUUAGGGGGAGGAGGCACAGUGUCAGUGGCUUGGUCACGGGCGGGAAUAGUGAUGAUAGCGAUGAGGAGGAGGGGGAAGAGGGAGCGCAAACCAGGGACAGCGGCGCAGGCGCAGGCGCAGGCGGAGGCGGGGGCGGAGGUGGAGGCGGAGGAGGGGGAGGGGGAGGAGGGGGAGGGGGAGGGUUCGGAUUCGGCAGUGUGCGGGGCGGGGGGUCAAAGAAACCGGGCGGCGGCGGGCAGGCAGGGUUGAAGAAGCUGGGCGGCAGCCAGACGGUCAGCCGGUUCCUGGGCCGGCUGCGGCGGCCGUCCCAGGCGUUUGGCAGCGAUGCCUUGGGAGGGUUAGACCUCUCGGCUAUUCAGCAGACUUACUUUGACAACUCUCAAAUCUCUCAGGUCUCUAAAAAUUCUCCGAAUUCUCGGGACUCGGAGGGGCCGGCGGCUAGAAAGCGGCCGUCCCAGGCGUUUGGGAGCGACGCGCUGGGGGGAAUGGACCUAUCUGGCUUGCAGCAGCAGCCGCUGCCGCAGCAGCAGCAGCAGCAGCAGGUGGAUUUCGCGGGAGAUUUAUCAGCAGGGGCGGCGGCAGGGCGGCGGGGAGGUGAUGGGGGGAUUGGCGAGGGGGGAAGUGGUGAGGGGGGGUAUGGUGAGCGGGGGAAUAGGGAGGAAUGGAGUGGAGAAGUGGGGAACGGGGAGGAUGAGGGGGAGGAAGGGGCGGCGCUGUCCCAGGGGGGUCUGAGGUCUAGAAGUUUCAACUCCGCGUAUGCGCCCUCCUUUGAUUCCGCCUAUCCGCCCUCCUUUUCCGCCCAGGACCAGCUAAACAUGCGCCUUGACGGGCUGGGGGAAGGGGGGUUGGCGCAAAGGGGGGCGCAGGGGGUGGCGCAGGGGGAGGCGCAGGGGGGGGCGCAGGGGGGCGCGAGCAUGGCGUUUGGCGCGAGCAUGGCGUUUGGCCGGACCCGCAGUGCAGGGUCCGCGGAAGGGGGAAGAGCAGGGGGAGUGGUGCCUAUAGGAGGGGCGGGGGAGGCGGGCGGGGCGGGCAGGGCGGAAGGGAAUUUAGCAGGCCAGUCGCCGUCCGCGUUAUCAUCCUCCCAGUCCCGUUAUAGGGCGUGGCGGAACCUCCUAGUAGACGUGCACCUGGGGGGGAGAUCCGCCAAGGGGGGCGGAAACGAGGGGGGAGGAUUCCUGGCGGAAGGGGCAGGGGCGGGUUCAGGCAUAGGGGCAGGCGCAGGGGCAGCAGGGGGAGCAGCGGCAGCAGGGGGAGCCUUCGGUCCUCCGUCCUCCUCCUCCUCCGCCUCUACCCCCUCCCCCCUCCCCUUCCCCCCGCUGCCCCCUUCCGCCCCCCUCUCCGCGUCCUAUAACGGCCGCCCCACUCCCCCCGCCUGUGGAGAAUCCCUAGAGGAGGUUCCGCGGAGCAGGUCAACGCCUCCAGGCGCCCCCCUUUCCGGCCCUGGGGGGCCGGGCGGGGCGGGCGGGGGGAGCGGAUGGGCGGUAAGGCGGAGCCUUCGCCAUAGCAGGAGCCACAGCUUCUCGGAAGCUUCCCAGGAUGGGGGGGGAGUGGGGGGAGGCGCGCGGAGGGAGGGGGGCGGGGGUGGGGGCGGCGCAGGGGGUGAGGGGGAGGGAGUGAGGAGGGCAGGAGGGAGCGUGCGUGGGGCGUUCGGGGAAGGCCUCAGGGGGAGUGGGGGAGGCUGCGGCGGAAGUGGGGGGUGGGGGGGAAGCGGUGGGUGGGGUGGGACUGCUGGGGGUAGCAGCGGGGGCGGGGGAGGGGGAUAUGGCGGAACAGGCUGGUUUUCCGCCGCUUAUGGGAGCAUUGGCGGAGAUAUUGGCAGCACCAGCGGAAGGAGCAGCAGCAGCAGCCUCAGCAGCAGAGACGGGGGAAGAGAGGGAAGGGAAGGGCGCGAGGGGAGGGAGUGGAGGGAGGGGCGUGAGGGGAGGGAGGGGAGGGAGGGGAGGGACGGGAGGGAGGCGAGGGAGAGUAGGAGGUCACUCAGUAUGGUGCUAGAGCCGAUCCAAGGGACUCCCAACACAAGCCCUCUACCCGCGGACUCCCUUCCCCUCUCCGCCUUUGCUUCCGCCCUCCCCCCUCCGCCCCUUUCCGCCUUCGCCUCCCCCUCAGGGACCACCACGCCGCCCUAUGCCAACCGCUCCCCCCGAUCCAGCCCUCUCUCUCGCUCCUCCCGCGCGCACUCCCACCUUCCCCCCAUUCCCCUGCCUUCCCCCGGGCUCUCCCCUGGGCUUUCCCCCGGGCUUCCCCCUGUCAUUCCGCCCACGCACAGCGGGAGCAGCGGGGGGAAGAGCCCCCUGAUGAGCCCCCGCGCGCUGCUCUGCGCCAGCAGCCCGGCCACCAGCAACAGCCCCCCUGGGUUUAGCCCUGGUGACGAGCUAAGCGCCGGUGGGAGCAGCGGUGCGCGUGGUGGGAGUGGUGGGAGCGGUGGGAGCGGUGGGAGCAGUGGGAGCAGUGGGAGAAGCAGCAGAGCGGGAUCCGUGAGGGGAAGCAGCAGUGGCGGAGGGGGGCUGUUCGGGGGACUGAUAAGCGGGGGGAAGAGGCUGGGCGGGAGUGUGAGGGAGAGGACUCGGCACGCUAGGAGGCACUCUGUGGGUGCUGUUGCUGCUAUGCCCCUACUCUCCCCUAUCACGCGAGGCCUCUUCUCCGUUCCUAAACAGUCCGAGGCUGCAGCAGGGGAGGCAGUAGGGGAGACAGGCGGAGCAGGAGGAGGAGGGGGUGGAGAAGGGGGAGGAAUGGCAGCAGCAGCAGGAGCCGAACUGAUGGGAGGCAAGGAAGCAGAGGGAGAAGGCGGAAGCAGAGGGGGGACAAGUGUGCCAGUCUCACCAAGAGUUUUCCCCCGGGCUUCAAUCAGCGUGAGCAGCAGUAUCGGUGGCGCCAGCAGCAGCAGCAACACCGCAGCUGACAACACCAGCAACAGCAGCGGCAUCGGCAAUGGCGGCAGCGGCAGCGGCGGCAGGAAGGAGAGCGGAGGAGGAGGAGGAGGAGGAGGAGGAGGAGGAGGAGGAGGAGGAGGAGGAGGAGGAGGAGGAGGAGGAGGAGGAGGAGGAGGAGGAGGAGGAGGAGGAGGAGGAGGAGGAGGAGGAGGAGGAGGAGGAGGAGGAGGAGGAGGAGGAGGAGGAGGAGGAGGAGGAGGAGGAGGAGGAGGAGGAGGAGAAGGAGGAGGAGGAGGAGGAGGAGGAGGAGGAGGAGGAGGAGGAGGAGGAGGAGGAGGAGGAGGAGGGUCGGUGGCAGGGUUUGUGAGGCGAGCAGCCCUCUCGUUCCACCGUAGAAGCGCCUCUCACCACGACCUCGGCCUCCCCAAACGCUCCCCAGAAGCAGGAGCUGCAGGGGCAGCAGGAGCAGGAGGAGCAGGAGGUGCAGGAGGGGUGGGAGGAGGGGUGGGAGAAGGAGGGGUCGUAGGUGGCGUACGGGGGGGUACUGGUGGGAGCAGUGGGGGUCCUGGUCAGCCCACAGCAUCCCCGUCCGCUGCCCCUCCCCCGCUGCCGCCCUCCGGCUCUCUCUCCUUCUCCUCCUCCCGCUUCCUCCGCAAGAACAAGACGCCUCCGGCCCACCCCCACCACCACCGCCACCGCAGCACUACCAACGAGGAUUUCCGGUCCUUCCAUCACUCGUUGCAGUCACCCUCGUUACAGCCCCAGCCCCAGUCGCAGACCUCGUCUGCCGCCCAUUCUCCUGCCGCCCGGUCCCCUGCCGGCCAUUCCAAUGCCGCCCACUCUCCUGCUGCUCGCCCCAUGCCUGUACGAUCCUUAUCCGUCCAGUCAAUGUCAGUUGCUCGCUCCUUAUGCGCCCACUCCUCCACUGGCCCCUCCCCUGCUUCCAGCACUGGCUCUGCUGCAUGCAGAGACAGUUUCGAGGCGGAAAUGCCAGGUGGAGAGCGGUUGGAAGGGGUGCAGGUGGCUGAUCACCCCGUUCCUCACCCGCCCGUUUCCCCCCGCGUUGCCGACCCGAAUCGCACUGGCUCGGACGCGUCAGGUGCGGAGCCAGGCUCGCACGGAGGUUCGGGUGCUGGAUCAGGCUCGGGAGGUGGGGUGUGGCCGUGGUCCCGGCCGUCAGUGAAGCUUCGGCUCCCAACCAUGCGGACUGGGCGCAAGGGAAGGGAUGGGCGAGGGGAUGGGGUGGGAGAGGAGGGGGGAGCAAAGGCGGGAGAUGGCGGGGGAGAGGUUGCGGGAGAUAGUGGAAGCGGAUGGGGGAGAGAAGGGAUAGAAGGAUGGGGUGAAGGAGGGGAGAGACGGGGUUCUCUGGAUUCGUUUCAGGCAACUGCCGGUGCUGUGGCUGCUGCACGUGCUGUCGAAUCCCCGACCCGCAUUUUAUCUGCUGGGAUGAUGGCUGGCGCACUUCAUGCACCUCCCCCUCCCCUUGCCUCCUCCCCUUCCCGUCACCCCCCAAAACCCCCCUCCCCUUCCCUUACCCGCUCCCUAUCCCCACACCCGCCACGACCCCCCUCCCCCCUUCUCCCUCGCACGCCCUCUGCUCCUCUUACCCACACCCCCUCUCCUCCUCGUCCUAACCAGACCCCGUCACAUCCUCCCCGCACCCCCUCUCCUCCUCCUGCCCACGACUCUUCUCCCCCGCUUCCCCACAGCGUCUCUCCUCCCCCCCGCGAUGCCUCCCCGCCCCUCAAUCCCCCCCAUCGCGCCCAAAGCGCCGCCCGAUCCUUCCUGUUACAGGAGCUUGGGGGUAGGCGCCCCCAAGGCUUCCUCCGAACCUCCAGUGUAGCCUCGGCACUGCCAGGCUUGGCGAGCCCAGGCCCGGGCCAAGGCUCGCCGGAGAGGGUCAGGGGAAGAGGCAGUGACAGGGGUGGUGACGACGAUGGUUCUGGUGGUAACCAGAUCAGUGGUAACCAGAUCAGUGGUAGCUCCCCUCCUCGCCCCCCGUCGUGUGAGAGAAAUCAACGGUCCAAAUCUCCUUUGAGCCGUCUUGAUAGGAGCAGCAGCAGGGGGAGGGAGAGAGCUGGGGUUGCAGAGGGAAGCAGCAAAGGGAGCGAGAGAGGUGGGGUUGCAGAGGGGAGCAGCAAAGGGAGCGAGAGAGGUGGGGUUGCAGAGGGGAGCAGGGUGGACGAGAGAGACGCGAAUCCCAGUCCUUUGAAUAAGGAACAGAUAGGGAGGGCGGGGCACGGAAGAGAGCAGGAGGUGUGUGUGGAAGAGGAGAGCAGGGGAGAGAAGACUGGGGCUGAGAGCGGGGCAGCAGAGGGCAGAGGAGAGAGCAGAGAAGAAAGCAGAGGAGAGAGUGGAGGAGAGAGUGGAGGAGAGAGUGAAUUAGAGGUCCCUGCUUCUCCCUCCCUCUCUGUUUCUCUCACGUUUUCCCGGAAGCUGCCUGUGGGUAGUUGCAGUGCUGCUGAUGAGGCUGGGAAGCGGGGUGAAGCAGCGGGUGUUGGUACGACCACAGUUGAUGCUGUUACAGUUGGAUUAGUGGGAGGGGAAGCAGAGGAAGUGGAAGGGAGUGGAGGAGUAGAAGAGGCAGUAGUGGCGGUGGGAGAAGGCGAGAUGGAUCAUCUUUUGUCGCGCCGCGAGGGGAGAGACUGGUCGCCACAGUUGGGGCGUGAGGGAAGGGACUGGUCCCCUCCUGCACCUCGGCCGAGGAAAGAGCUUUCAGGCAGCAGUGUGGCACAGCGACGCGCUUCUCUCUUUGCCCUUCCUGGCUCUGCUACUGCUGCUGCUGCUGCCUCUGCGGAUGGCACCCUGUCUUCUAAAGACCGGUCGGGCUCGUUCGGAAACCGCAGUGGCUCGUUCAAGGACCGGAGUGGGAGGAUGGAGGACGAUGAGGAAUCUAGAGACCUCGGUGGGUCGACCAGAGGCCGGAGCAGAUCAUCUCGAGAUCUCAUUGGCUCGUCUGCCGAGCCUGGUGGCCGGUUCGGGGAGCGGAGCGGCUCGUUUAAGGACCGGGAGCGGUACGGCGCGGCGGGUCAUGCGGAGAGGAGGCAGUCGUUUGCUGAGCAAGGAGAGCGAGGGCAGUCUUUCAAUGGCCGCACCCGCACCCCACCGCGCGUGCCUGCCUCCCCUGCUGCUGCCGCCGCUGCCGCCGCUGCCAUCGCUGCUGUUGCUGCUGUUGCUGCGGAUGAAAGGGAAUCUGGAGUUGCUUGGGAGCGGGCUGGCGAGAAAGGGAGAGUGGGAUCGGGUGAUGGACCAGGGCCGCUCUCUGUUGACCUCUCAGGGUAUCAGAAUCAGGAAGCUUCUAGAAACAAGGCGUGGCAGGUUGGAGAGGGGGAGAAACAGAGGGUGGGUGAGAGAGGGUGGGAGAGAGGGGGUGUGAGAGGGGAGGAAGGGGGGCGGAGGGACGGUAGGCGAAGUGUUGAUUGGGACCAGCGUGGAUGGAAUAGGGAUUGCAGGGAUGGGGAUGGGAGGGAUGAGGGUAAGGAGGGUAGGAAUAUGGAAGAUCGGGAAAGCUGGCAGGGAGACAGGGGCAGGAAGCAGAGGGAGGGAGGAGGAGAAUGGGAGGUGGUGGAGGGAGGGGUUGGGAGGGAGGCGGGAAGUCGAAUUAGUGUAGACCUUUGGAAUAGACCAGGCUCACGGGAAGAAAGGAGGGAGAGUGGAGGGCAGAGUAGGCAGAGCGAGAGCAGUGUUACGCGCCGCGGGAGUGAAGGGAAGGAGUUGUGGGGUGCGUUGAGCGGUGAGAAGGGUGGAGAGAGGGGUGGAGGAAAGUGGGGAGAGGGACUGAGUGGUGGAAAGGGGUAUGGGCAGAGAGAAGGGGUAGUUGUGAGUAGGCAGGGGGUUGAGUGGGGUCGGACGGAGAUGGAGGAGGAAAAGAAGGUAGAAGCGGAGGAGGAUGAAGUGGAGGAAGGAGAGGAGGAAGAGGAAGAAGAGGAGGAAGAGGAAGAAGAGGAGGAAGAGGAAGAAGAGGAAGAAGAAGAGGGGGAGGAGGAAGAAGAAGAUGAAGAGGAAGAGGAAGACGAGGAGGAAGAUGAGGAGGAAGAUGAGGAGGAAGACGAUGAGGAUGAUGAUGAUGAGGAAGAGGAAGAUUAUACUGAGGGGGAAGAGGAGGACGAAGAGAGUGACAGUGAUGGUUCAAGGGUGGAGCGAGAGAGGGGCAGAGGGGCGCCUAAGAAGCCAGAGCCCAGGAAGUAUGUGUGGGAUAUAAUCACACCCGAUACAGCCUCCUUCACCACCACUCACUCUUCAUCCACCAACCAAUCACGUACGCAAGGAGGCAAAGGGGGCGAUCAGGGAGGCAGCAAGGAGAGGAGGGAGGGAGCAAGCAGGCAGUGGGGUAGAGGGGAGGAGGUGAGUGCUGGUGCUCGGCCUUGGCCCGGGUCCCAACAGGCUCAAGCUUCAGGGGCCCAUCAGGGCAGCGGCACGACUGGUGGCAGUAGCAGUCAUGGCUACAACCGCAGCAGCUACAACCAAGGACAGCAAGGUGGUAGAAGAUGGUAG